UUAAACAUAAAACCUUGAAUACUUUUAAAAGAAAUUUGAAACUCUUAAUCGAUACUUAUAUAAAUUAUAUAAUAUAGUAAUAAACGCUUCAUAAUGCUGCAUUCAUUAUUAUUUGCAUAACAUAAAUACAUAGUACCAUCAGUCAAAUUUUCUUUGACAGUAGCGACAUCUUUGAAAUUAUGGUUAUAUCUUAUAAGAUUUGUUCAUGGUAGAGGUUAGGUAUAUCAGGUGUUGAUGUAAACAGAUCGGCGAAUUUGCAAUAUGAUCGUAUAGUUCCGCGAUCACGUUUUGCCUCGUGAUUUUUGACGUAUUUAAUUUUAUACUUCAAUGUCAAUUCUACAUCGUGCAUUAUGUGUAUGGGUUUAUCUUUUAGUUUUUCUGAUAUUACUUAACUUAAAGCUUGAACAGAGGAUACAACGGAACUGGUUUAUAGUUUUCAUCCCAAUGUGGUUGUACGACCUCAUCCUUAUAGUUUAUAUAGUUUUCAAUAUGAUUUCACAUUGUAAAAAUGGAUGUGUUGUUAAUUUACAUCGCGAAGUGUGGUACAUGACAGCUGUAUUUUUGAAAUUAAGUGCCCAAAUUUUGAUAUGUAUUAAAUUGGAAGUAUCUCAUUGGAUCCUACCAGCAAAAGUUGUUCUAGCACCGUUUUGGAUUCUUCUUUCAGCAUUGGCAGUUGAUGUUUUUAUACAUUUGAUACAACAACAUCGGUUUUAAUGAAGGCCUAAUCUUAAUUGAUUCAACCAAUGAGCAACUGCAGCAUUUGUCACACUUUAUAUAAACAUAGUUUUAUAUUGUCAUUAAUUGUAUAAAUGU